UGAACUAUUUGCUAGUCUUCAGAUUAGUGACGCGCACGCACACAGUGCACGAGCACGCACGCAGUGAUCAUAGUGAAUCUCAUUUAGGCCUGUUGACGUUCGGUUUAUCGUCGCGUUUACGGUCACAGUCACGAUGCCGACUAUUAAACUGCAGAGCUCUGAUGGGGAGAUGUUUGAGGUGGAUGUUGAAAUCGCAAAGCAGUCUGUCACUAUUAAAACCAUGCUUGAAGAUUUAGGGAUGGAUGAUGAAGGAGAUGAUGAUCCAGUUCCUCUGCCCAAUGUUAACGCAGCAAUCCUCAAAAAGGUCAUUCAGUGGUGCACCCAUCAUAAAGAUGACCCUCCUCCCCCUGAAGAUGAUGAAAAUAAAGAGAAGAGAACAGAUGACAUCCCAGUGUGGGACCAGGAGUUCCUCAAAGUAGACCAGGGCACCCUCUUUGAACUUAUUCUGGCUGCAAAUUAUUUGGACAUCAAAGGUUUGCUAGAUGUUACUUGCAAGACAGUUGCAAACAUGAUCAAAGGCAAAACCCCAGAGGAGAUCAGAAAGACUUUCAAUAUCAAAAAUGAUUUCACAGAGGAAGAGGAAGCCCAGGUACGCAAGGAGAACCAGUGGUGUGAAGAGAAAUGAAGGCCGACAUCCUAACACUAUGGAUUGUUCAAAACAAACAAACAAAAUGGAUAAAAAUUGCACUGCGCUGUUCAUAUUUGUUAAGAUUCAACACAAAUAAACAUAGUCACAUACUU